GGCGUGUGUGAACACAUUCGGAGCCUUCUACUGUAACUGCACCAUGGGUUUCGAGGGUCAAUUCUGUGGCCAGACUUCUCUGGACGGCCCAGACACUCAGGCUGAGGCCCUGUCGUACGUUGGACCGGGAGAGAUCAUCGGCAUCGGCGUGUUGCUCUUUGUGGUGUUGGUCCUGCUUACCCUGCUGGCUGCAUUCCGCAAAAAAAUCCUCCGGAAGGACUGGAGCCGUGGGGAGGCAGUGGGAAUCUCCACAGAGACCAACUACAUGCUGCAUAAGACAGGCAUGGGAGCCGAGGGCAUCGAAUUCAAAGCUGUACGGGUCAGCGGCGAGUGUCGCGCCAGCCUCUACCAGAAUGACAGCGCAGGAGGGCCGCCGCAGGUCAUGGUGCGGCCCACAGCUUACACGCUUCCCCACUGCCAGGGAAUCCCUCGAGGGGAAACGGAAAAGACGGAGGGAGGGCUGGCCACCCUCUCCUGCCCUCCGCAGAUGAGCACCUUCCAGGCGGAUCCACCACACAUCCUCGGGAUGACGCGGAGAGGUGUGGCCGUCUGCAGCGUGGCACCCAAUCUUCCCCUGUCUUUGUCCCCGAACUCGUCCGAACGCAGCCCUAUCCGCAAACCUCCGUGGGAAGAGGACGACGACGAGGACAGUGCUAUGGAGCAUCAAGUCCAAGUUCUGGAGUGGGAAGACAGGGGUUAUCAGGCGGACAGAGAGGAAGCGUACAGAGCCGAGGAAGCUGGAAAUGCACCAGAAGCGGUCACCUGCUUCUCUGACAGCAGCACGAGCGAGGCACGCUCCCUCAGGUCCUUCCAGUCCGAUUCCUGCGACGACAACUCCUCCAUAGUGACGGUCAUACGACAGGUGAACAAUGCAGUGGACACCAUUGAAAAUGAAGUUGCAGGUCUGGGCGAUGUGCAGCCUCACAGUACCACCUCAAGCCCACACCUCCACUGUGAGGAUGAGAUAUGCAUGGAAUUCAUCAAAGAGUAUUUUUUGAAUUCCUAUCAAUGGCAAACCUCGGAGUGGUUUGACACGUGUCUUCCAGGACUGGAAUCACCACCUCGAGACCAGACCCCUACACCACCUCCUCCACCCCUUCCUGCUCCUCCACCUCCCCUGACCCCUACACGGCUGGGCGGCAGCGUGCGGUUGGAUGGCAGCACUCUAUUGCUGCAGACUGGCUACCCAUUACGACGAUACCAGGGCCAGAGAGAUUUCCACACGUCCCUAACGCUGGACGACAACAGCUCGCCUGUAUAUGAAGAAUACCGUCACCCGGAUCACUACGACCACGCCUCUACUGUUCACCCGCUGGAUUUUAGUGAGGGCCAAUCCAGACCCGACUAUCAUCACUCCAGCCAGUACCUGCUCUCUCACCCCCCUCUACUGGCCUGGGAGGAGCGCCCGCGUGUCUGGGAGGACACACACCCCUUCGGCAGCCAGCAGGAGAUCGACAGACUAGGCAGGAUUUCACUUCGGGCCCAACGCCUGCGUAGUCAGAGCCCAAAGACUUCUUUGUCUGGCAUGAGAGAGUAUUACUGACCGUUAUCUGGACGAAGAGUCCUUAAUUAAACUGAAAGCUUGUGAUCAUGCAACUAAGGACUGGACCUGAACAUGUGUGCUGAUCUGUCAGGAAUGGAAAAGUCUAGACUGUCACAGUGUCAAUCAUACUGUACACUAGCGAUAAUUCUUCACGUACUUCAUUUAAAGGAAUAGCUCACCCAAAAAUGAGAACUCUGUCAUCAUUUACUCACUCUCUUGUCGUUUCAACGCAUACAACUUUCUGGUGUAUAUCACAAAAGAAGAUAUUUUUAUCUUAUUUUGAACUAUUUUCUCUCUAUACAAUGAGUAAAUGAGGUCCGAAACGAUUGGAUAGGAGGUCUUUAUUUGACUUAAUUUGGAAUAAUGACAUUGCACAAAUAUCUUCUUUUGUUUUUUACUGAAGAAGGUCAUACAUGUUUGGAACCAUGUAAAGGUGAGAACAUUUUUGUUUUUGGGUGAACUAUCCUUUAACUAGAUGUGUGCGAGAUCAUUAACUCAUACUUUUCCAUGAUCGCAUCUGAAAAACAUGGUGAUGGGGUUUGUGUGCCAGGUAUGCUACUGUGUUAACUGAGAAAUGACAUAUUUUAUUGAUGGAAUCCAUAUACAGCAGUGGUUCUCAACUGGGAGGCCUCAGAAAAGGGGGACUCAAGAUGAUUUCAAAAGAUUUUAACCCCCCUCAACAUCUUUUUAAUUGAAAAAAAAAAAAAAAACUGGAUUCCUACAGUCUUGGAAAACUAUUUUAAAAGGAUUAUUUCUAGACCUGGAAAACUAAAUUAAUGGAAAUUAGUGAAUGCUUAAAAUGCCAAGAAAUAAUUAUUUUUAUCAGGUAGACAUUGAGUAAAAACGUUUUAAAAAACUGGAUAUAAAGUCUUAGUUUUAGUAAAACGUCUUGGGGGCUUUGAAUAUUGCUGUAGACAAUGGGCGACCUUGGAGUCAAAAACGCUAAGUACUGCUGAUAUUUAUGAGUAAAGAGGCCCACAUCUUCCAAGUAUGUCUUUGGGCAGCCAGUGUUUUACUAUGACAAUAGUCUUGAAGGACAGAGGAAACCUGUUUCAUUCCAUGGACUAUAUAGAAGCUGUGGAGAAAAACAAGUUCAUGUAAUUACAUUUUUGUCAAAGCUUCAAGCUUUGUAAUGUAUGCGUACUCAAAAUGAUUCCAGGAAUGAAAGCACACAGGUGCGUUUUACAUUAAAUGAAGAGCUGUUUAUGUAGAGCUGUUUGUAUACAUGACAAGUACAUAUAGUAUUUAUCUCUCAUUGCACAUCUGGCAUUUAAGUGUUUUGCUGUUGUUUUUGUGACUUUGAUUUAGUUUAGGAGGGAGCUUUUUUGACACUUCAGAAACAUCUGUUAACUGUUUACAAUGUUAUAGACUUGUAGUGUAUAUUGAAGAAAAAAGUUCUCAUUAAGGUUGAUUUGAGGUUGUGGCUACAAAUGGGAUUUGUUUUUCAGACUAAGCCUAUUAUAUCUCGGUUUUCCUUCAUCCCCAGUAGCAAUUGCCCAUAUAAUAUAUACAGUAUACAAAUCAUACGGAAAAUCUAAAUCUGAAAUUUUACUUGGAUUAUGACAUGAUUAUUAUUUUGUUUGUCCUUGAUAACUAUUUUAGAAAAUUUUAAUACCUCAUUUAAGUGCUCAUGCAUAGACUAUAUGGAAUUAUUAUUUGUAUAAUUUUUUAUUAAUUGUUUUUAUAGCACCUUUUUAGAGUCCAGAGCCAUUUUACAAGGCAUGAUAAGCUAAUAGGAAAGAGCAUGAAGAAUGUUUUAUUUAAUUUUAUAUUUAGUUUGUUUCUGUAAACAAACCAGAUAAUUUUUUAUUAAAGCAAUAAAUCGGAUUAUUUUAAUGGUUUUCAGGAUGACCCUGUGGGUCAGAGGUUUUGAUGAUCUGUGUUGUGCUCGUACAUGUCAAUAUUGUCCAUUUAAUGUGUAGAAAUCACCUUGUAUGUUUGAAUAGAAUGCAUUGUCCAGUGUAAAAUAAAGAACUACAGCUACCAAAAUAUAUCAUCUUUACACCGAUUUAACAAGGAUUACGGAGUAUAUCUCAAUAGUAAAGAUGUUUCGGCACAAAUGCACAUCACAUAAUCUUUUCAUGGCUAUACAGUUAAGUCAUAUUUAUGUCAUUCUUCUAAGAGAUAAGUUUCUGUUCUCUGAAAAACACACACACAGUUACUUUAUGCAAAUGUAUGUGAUUUGACAAUUGAUGAAAAUUUCUACUCCUAUUAAAAUCCUCCUGAUUGACACUUAAUUGAACAGUUAGACUGACGUUAUCACACAUAAUGAGCUAAACAAAUCUUUGCAAGAGUCUUCCCUGUGCACCACAGAAAACCACAACAGUAUAGUUGAAGAUUACAGCGUUAUACACAAUGUUCCAGUUUUUUUUAUUAUAUAGUAGUUACAUCAUUAUUUGUGUUCCAUCUUUUGUGAAAGAAGUGCACAAAAGGCCGCUCUUGUUAAACGCAAACAAUUUAAGACACUCAGAAUUUCCAAAUGCAUUAUUUGUGCGUUUAAAGAAGCAACUGUACAGGAGACAACACAAUCCAGUUGCAUGAUCCAAAGCUUGUUUAUGGGCA